AUGAAGUCGACUCUACACGGCGUUAAUGGGAAUGGAAAUGAUCAAAAGCAGCCCGUCAAAAGCCGGUUAGAAUUCGACGACACCGUUUACAAAUCUGCCACGGAAGCUCUAGAAGCUUACAUCGCUCAGUUUGAGGGUGUCCGAAGCUUCACGACUUAUCCACGGCGUCCUUCCGAUUUGCUCUCUCCGGCGCCGAAAUUUUACUUUAUGGAUUCACUGGAAAGAAGACUUAACAGUUCCUCGAACAAAUCUCCUGCCAAGAAAGUCGAUGAGCUUUUAGAGUGGGUCAAGGUAGCUUACGCCAAGGAGUUAUCGACUAAAGUUGUCCCUUUUGGAUACAGUACUACUUCCAAAUUAUCUACGUCAGGUGAGCAGGGUUGGUAUUCAGUUUUAUACGAUAAUCGUUAUUUGUCCCGUACACCAUGUUUAGCCUCGUGGUUUUUGAGGAGUUUAUAAAGUAAAGUUAAGCUCAAAUAUGAUGUAUAUGUAAGGUUAAUGUUACAGUGAAUGAGCACUACUGGUCUGCCAGCUUUAAUCAAUAGACGUACGCGUCCCAGGUAACCGCGUAUAAAAUCCUCGUAUUAAAAUUCCAGGAGAUCAUUCGAACCUUUCUUGUACAAAUAUUUUGGGGCUAGUUCUCUAUAACGAUCUCCUUUCGUCCGGUCUGUAUAUCGGAGUGACCUUUUGGAGUAGGAACCAAGUUUUUUAAUACAUGUUAAAGUCAAACUUGUGCCAUUUUUGGUCGUCAGCGGGUGCCUGUUGCAAAUUUAUUCCGAAUUUGCGUUUAACCUUCAGUCGUUAUGAGUAAACAAACCAAGCAAGCACGCAGUCAAUCUUUUUAGAUUUUAAAAUUUAAGCGUACAUGCUAAGUACUAAUUAAACUUCACCUGACUGAAAAAUACCGGAACGAUCGUCUCAAGAAUUAUUGAAAAUCAGCUGGGAAUAAAUCCUAAAAGUCUUCGAUCCAUCACGACGGUAACAGAAACAAAGUAAAGCAUAAAUUAUUCAACGGGACGCUGGUCUAAGCUGUCAUUAUCAUACGGUAACCAGACUUCUUUCAUGUUAGAGCUUUGAAAUACAUUGUAGCUUUUUAGAUAGGUAAAUUUGCAAGAUACGUUUAUUUUGUUGGGAGUAAAAAUUUAUUAUACAAUUCAAUUCUUGAAUUAUUGUAUACUUAGGAAAACAAGUUGUAGGUCAUAUUAUUCAGGGCAAUUGCCUCAUCAAUUAUCGACAAACGACAUCUUAUUUUUGAGAAUAGUUAAGCCACUCUUUGCUUUGAAUCAGAAGCAACUUCAGGUCCAUGUUUCUGGUUUUUUUGCGUUUUGAUAAAAAAAGUUUUCUCCUUUUUCGGAAAUAUUUUUCAUUCAAGAACAGCACGUUUGCUUUUAAGAAUGUUAUUUGGAGUUUUAGAGCUGAAGAACUUCUUGAUGUCUGAAAAUUCUGGCAAAGAAUAUUUUGUUCAGCAAAUACAAAUCGGUUCAGAUGCUGCAAGCUGCAAUGCAACGAAUGGUACUCCUUUGUAUCCACUGAAAUCUGACAUUUCCUGACAGGUUGAAAUUCUGUUGGCCAAUCAGGAAUGCUUUUUGCUCUGUCCACUGGUGAACAGAGUUUCAAAAAAUAAUCUCAUGGGGGUUGAAUGUCGAGAUUAGUAAGAGGAAAAAAUUUUCUUCAAACAUCAACAAAUUUAUAGAGUCCAUCAGCAGCAGGUCUAGGAAAGAAGCUUGAGGGUACUGUACCCUCACCUUACUGAUAAUCCAAACGAUGUAGGCCACAGCCUGUAGGGCAGAGAAAAAAAACAUUUUCAAGUUCUGGUCCCCAUCUUCCCUGAGAGUGUGGAUGAGUGAGCCUCUCUUUACUUGUGGGUGGAGAUCUGUUUGUGACAUUUUGAACCCCUCAAGAUGUCUUCUUUGCUUGUAAUCACUGGUACAGUGUAUUUGCAGCCUUGUUUUGAUGACAAGACUGCAGUUGUCAACAUUUGAUAGUAACUUUCCCCAGUCUACAUGUACAGAUUGUCUCAAGAGGUCAAUAAAAUUGUCCUUGUUAAAGGAUUUUAAAUUUCGUUUCCCACCAAAUUGAAGGUAGGGAGAGGUGUUUUAUCAAUAAUUAUUGUCAUGCAAUUAUUGCAUUACAAUUUAUUAUUAUUUGUUUGCAUCGUUGAUUGUGAUUGGUUCCAGUUAUAAUUUUUUAUUCAGUAUUUCAUUUUUUACAUGCUGCUAGGCAUUACAUACACUGUAUACAGCUAUUUCGAGAAAGGUUAUCAGAGAAAAAUGUGUGUGCAACAAUCCCGAAAGGUAAUAUGGGAUAUGAUCAAUGUAAUUAUCUUAUUAUCCACUCCCCUCAGGGCUUUUCAGGGAUAAUUUACAACACUGGUUGGGGGACUUUGCCAGACUGCUUAAGAUGCAGUUUACAAGUACUGAAGGAAUGAGUGAUAAUGCCCCCAUAUAUGAGUGUGAAAGUGAGAUAGACCACUACACCGGGCACUACGUGCCCUACUCUUUACGAAGAGUGUGUGGGUUCUUUAACGUCCCACAGAUUUAUUACAUGUGCAAGGGCUUGUGAGACGGGGCCUACAGUUUGUCGUCCUUAUCCGAGAAGACUAGAAAGUCUAACCAUUUGCAGAUGUUAUUACAAAGGCAGCACUUUCUCCUCAGUUAUUUAAAGACCCUGAGUGUUGGUCCGGCCGGGGCUUGAACCUACGGCCUCCCGCUCAGCAGACCGGCGCUCUCCCAACUGAGCUAACCGGGCGGCAGUAUAAAUACAAUAAAUACACUGUUCCUACACUGUAGCUUUGGAACUUAGUUUUGUUGCUUUCCUUUAGUACUUUCAAACAUAAGUCCAUUGCCUCUGGUGCCAUUUUUUUCAAAUUUCUUUAAUUCUAAUUCUUUUAUUGAUAAAUAAGUACACAAAGCACAAGCUAACGAUAAUAAGAUGCCAAAGCCAGAGGCUUAUAUGGCGUAGGUCAGAGAGUUACAAUGUGCUGCUAAGUUACAAUGAGAACAAAAAUUAAUAAGUACAAAAUGACAGAGAAAAGGCAAACUAUUACAACAUAUAAAGAAUUAUUACUGCAUGUAAAGCAAAAUAAACAUAACAAUUAAUGAUAGAACAGUGAACUCAAAACCACCCACAAUACCUUUCAGGAUUGUCGCAUGCACUUUUUCCGACAGCCUUUCUCGAAACAGCUGUAUAUUUACACUGUACAUGUAGUGGAUGUAAAUAGUUGUUCCUUGUCCAAUGAUUCACCGGCAAUUUACCUCUUUCAACUUUUACAGAUGAAGAUGAUAUGAAUCCUUUUAGUGUAGGGGGAUAUCCUUCCAGAUGGGGCUAUGAUGAUGAACUCUCCACCCUCCCCUCUCCCAGUUCAUCUGUUGUUGAUCUCGAUAGCAAUGCUGGUACUGUGGAAACAGAAGUUCUUCUGAGCAGUUACAAAGGAAUUCACCAAUCCUCUUCAGGUGCAGUACCACAGUGGAAAUUGAAUUUCUACUGGAAUUAAUUUGUGAAUUGUUUAUAUUUAUUCACAGAGAACAGAACCAAACAUACUGUAUAAGGUGAAAAUACUUGAUGAUUUUAUAAAAAUAAUUUUUCUGCAGUUCUUCCAACUUGCUCCAUAUCUAGAUGCCACAAUUUUUAUUCUUUAAUAGACCUUUUGCAUUAGUUGAUCAAGUGAUCAACUCUCAGUAAACACGAAAACAGUUUGCUUUUGAAAUAUUUUGUUAGCACUAGCUGAAAGAGCAUAUUAAAAUUAGGUAACCUGUAAAUAUUCAGCUGUGUAUCUCAAAAGUAGCGAUUGCAACGGCUGCUGAAAAUUAGAAGGAUUUGUAUGAGAAAAACAACUCUUGCCACCCAGUCACAUUUGAGUGGUUUUCCUUACAACUCCUUGUAAAUUCUGAAAUUUUUAAAACUGAUGUUUAAUCUUUGCCUUACACAUUUAGGUCUCAAAUUGCCUGUUAUUAAGAGGAGAUUUGGGUCCCGUAAUGCUUAAGUAUUUCAUGACAGUUUGAAAAUUUCAAAUUUUCAUUUAAGUAAUUAACAAAUACAUGUAACUAUAAUUUGAAAGUCCAAUUUACAGUACUGUUAUGGGUGCAAACAAGGCUGAAGUUGACCUCGUUUUAAUACAACCCUUCCACCUUUAUUUUGUAAAUCAUGUUGUUCUUAUGCUAACGAUUAUUUUUUUUAGUAAGAUUUUCAUAAGGAAAGAAAUGAGGUUUGUAUCAAAACAUUUCAACCUCAACCUCACUUUCACUCAGAGGCUAGGAUACCAAGCCCAUAACUGUAAAAUGGUCUAUUACAUACAUUUGCAUGUGAACAAACUAGAAAUGUGUAAAAAAAAUGACUGAAAUACAGCGUUCACAUAACCAACUAAUGCUUACCAUAAACCCAGUGGUUCUUUUUGAAUUAGAAAACACAUCAUAAUUACGUUUUCAUUGAGAUAUUUGUUUGUGACAUUAUUAAAACUGUUUACUUCGUUCUUCUUUUGUGAAAAAAGUAAGCGACCUCUCUGAGCAAAGCAGCCGACACAUUCAGAUUGGCCACUAUAGAGGAAUUAAGAAGCUGACAUUAUGAGCAAUAGCCCUUCAUGAGAGUGAAUCCACUGACGAAUUUGCUCUAACAUAGGCUGAGCACUCAAAACAUCAAUUUCUUAAAAUGAAAAUUAUGGGCGAUUCUUGCUCCACGGUACAAAUGUAUACUUUUCUUUAUCAGGGGUGUACUCUCACAUGGCAUCAUUUAAAUCUCCACCAAAGCCCAGACCAGUCACAAAUCGUUUGCGUCAUGAUGGCAAUUCAGAAUACCCGAGCUGGGUGUCAGGACUUGGUAAAGAAUAUCCAAGCUGGGUAGAAGACCUUGACAGUUCUUCAAGACACAAAAACAGAUCACCAAGGUAACAUGGAUGUAUCAGUUUUGAUUUAAUUAUUUAAUCUAUUAAACAAUAAUUUUAAUGUAAUAUGUUUCCUUUUUUCGUUAGUUUUUGUUUUGUAAAUAGUGACUGAAAAGUCUCAGGGGAGUUACUACUGAUGAAAGUGUGUAUCCAUGUAUCUAAUAAUUAGCACAGGAUCAUGUCAGUAGCUAACUGUAGGAUAGGAUAGGAUAGCUGCUUUAUUAUCAACAGAGCGCCUACAGACACAUGUGUUUCCAACGGUAACAAAGAUUUUAGUGCAAUAAUUACAGAGGUGUACAUUUGUAGAAUUUAUACAACUAGACAAGGUUAUAUUUAACGCGUCUUUCUCUUUCGUGGAAGCGAUCGCACACGUAUUUAGCUACAAUUUUUUUUUCUGAGACGUGGUUCAUGAUUUUUAAUUGAUGAAGAAAGUUUUUCAUGUAAGAAGGUUGCUGUCGUGGUCAGUUACAGCUACAUACCGAAUUAUUAUUUGUAACGUUAAGUUUGCCGGAUGCGGGUUGAGAGUGCCCAAUGGGGUUCGGCUUCAAUCCCACCAUCCUGGUGUGUACUUGAAAUGUGAUUCAAUUUUAUUGUUCUUUUGCAGUCCUGAUAAGAAGUUCUCUGGCUCGAGCAACCAUUCAUCUUCUUCAGAGACUGAAAUAGGAAAAAAACCGUUUAUACCGAGCCCUGCUUCCAGAUCCACUCCAGCGCUUAAGAUCUCUGAUCUACGUGGUGGACGUCGCCACCCAUCAAAAAGGGUCCAGGAACCUUCCACUAUAGAGAUGGCGGAGACAAGGAUGAACGGCGUUGAUUGGAAUGAUGCGGCAAGCAUAGACACGGACGUGCUAGUAUCCCAGUCUGUAUAUGGACCUAAUCCAGUGAACAUGGGAGGUGAAUUCCAUAACUCUUUAUACAAAGACAAAAGAGUGGCACGGCUGAAAAAAGAGUCAACUAAAAAGCUCAGAAAGAGCUCAGGUAAGGAGAAGUCCACAGAACAUUCUUUAGUUCCGCAAAGAAGGUCAAAAAGUCUAACUUUUUCUCCCACGAAAACGUCAGGAAGGAAUGGGGAACCAUUCCGCGCGAGAGCCGAAACCAAGGAAAGUACUCCUGCACGCCAUAAAUUGAGGGAUUUGUCCCCUGAAAGAAGUCCUUUUACUGAGUUACCCGCAAGAUACAGCCUACCACCACAGAGUGAUAGAUAUGGAGCAUCAGAAGUAGCUGCAUGGCAUAGCAUUUCACCACAGACCAUAAGAUACAGCUUACCACCACAGAGUGAUAGAUACAGAAGGGUAGUGGAUCAAACCGGCUCACAGAGGUACAUUUCACCUCCUGCUGUUACAAGAUAUUCACGGCCAUUCAACCCCAAACAGGAGGAGGGAUCACCACUAUCUGCAACUGGACAACUAUAUGAAAAAUUUAGUGAUGAUAAAUCACCAUCGCGGUCCAACAAACCGAUGAAGAUAAACAUACCGAGUCGUAAGUAUGACAGUGACUUAGAAUCUGAAGACACCGAUAGAGUCAUGCGCAAAUCACCUACAGGAAUUAAAAUGGAGAAGAUUUAUAGAGAUCCCAGUACAAUGUAUCCAUGGAAAAGUAUGAUUCAGAGUUCUAGGUCACAAGCAAAUCCCGCUGAAGUGACACAUUCUAAAGUAAAGCGACCCCAGUACCACUCAACGCCUGCAGUGUUAGAGGGUUCAAGUAGUGCUCCUCUGCAAGCUGGUCGUCGGAACCGUCAAAAAGACGCAUUUUCAGCAGCAAGAACUACUUUUGAGGGCAGGUAUGCUAGUACAGCAGAUAACUUCAAAUUCAGACCUCCAAAAACUGUAUUCGCUAGCUCAAGUUACCGGCGAUCAAGAGAUGAAAAACUUGCUAAAUCUGCUCCACAUGCAAGGUACAGCAAACCUUCUACUGUCCCAAGGAGCAGAGUGAGGAACCUAACUCAUAAAAGAAGUAAAACUGUUCCGGCAGAUUUACGGCGGGUAGCCGUCAUAACCUCAGCAACUAGGCCCGCAAGGCAUUCUCGACGCAGUCUUGACGAUGACGUCAUUAGCUUGAACACGGUUGACACCGAAAGCCUCAUUACCCGUCCACCUAUGCCUGUUUUUCAUGCCAGUCCGUCGUUAACUACAGUGUCAGAUAGUGAAACAUUAGUUGACUCUGAAAAUGAAACAGAGAUAGAACUGGAUGUGGCCAGAGAGCGUCAACCGAGCUCACGUCAUGUUACAGAGGUACAACAUAAUAGUGAUCAGAUUUCUCCCACUAGCGCGUUUGCGUCGACAAAUCCUCACGCUGCAGUUCGAGAGAAACUUCCGGAAAGAUUUCAGCUGUGGAAACUGUAAGUGUGUUAUCGUAAAUGCAGAGUACAAAAAUAGGCCGAUAGACCUCUUUAGCUGGGACCUCUACUGGGAAAACAAAACAUACAAGUGGAAUUUGCCCCUUUGUCUUUUCAUAAAUUAUGCGUGCAUAUGCACUUGAGUAAAACGAAAUAUGAAAGAAACAGUUCUCUAUAGUAUUAUCACAUGACCUGUAUUGGGAAAACAAAACAUACAAGCUAAAAAGGUCUAUUUACCAAUGUAUGCUAAGCAACCUAGCAUUUGGGUGGAAGCUAGGCUGGCGGUGACUUUUUGAUAGAACUCUAAUGGCCUUCAUAAACAUUUGAAAAGUGGGGACACCUUCAACCUCGUUUCGUCUCAAGGUCAGCAGAUUUGUCAUUACUUGUCUGCUGCCAUAUUUUUAGACACCAUAUUAAAUUCUUCUUGCGAUCACUUUCAACAUAGUUGAAGCUCUUCUUGUGACCAGUCCCUUACGUGGCCGACUCUAAUUGUUUCCAAGAUUGAAAACCUCCAUUCAUAUUACUUGAUAAUAGCUCUACAUGUCCAUUUGCGCUGCUAUUGUUCUGCGAAUUUGUCUGUUAUUACAUUUGUACGUCAAAUUUGACUCUUGCCACCUGUGUUUUUUUCAAGCAAACUCAUAAUUUACCUGACUUAUUUUUGGCCCUCACAAAGUCAAAUCAUCAAUCGAAUGUACGAUCUCACCUUGUGUCUCCAUUCAUUCUGUUCGUGCCACCGCGCUGAUAUACAUGUAUGCAAAACCACCUUUUAAUAUCUUCUUUGAACCCUUUAUGAUUUUGUAUGAUACAAUGGUAUUUUUCUCGAGGGCAAACGAAAUGGCAGAAUCUUAUUUCCAAACUCAUUUCUGAGUUGUUAAGAGUAAAAAAAUUGCAGUCCUUGAUUAUUCUUAUACGAAAUGUAUUUUGGUUACUGUACAGAGAUGACGAUACCAAGGCGCCUGACAGCUUCAUUAAAAGGCGCUUUACAAGUCCUAAGUCUGGUGUCAUAUCAUCGUUUCUGGAAGACUGUUUAAGCGUUGACAGCGAUGAUCCAAAGCCGACUGUAAGUUUGCAUUCAUUAUUUUAUUAAUGCCUCUAAGGUCUCUGAAUAUGGUGAUGUUAGUCUUUCGAGUAAUCUGAGAGAGAGAACAUCAAAAGUAGCUCUGAAGUCAAGAGUUGACAGCUACGAAAUCUACGUCGAGGAACCUGUGUCAAUGUUUUGUUUUAACAAAAGCAUGUCCUUGAAUCUGAAUUGCUGCUGUAUAGGGUUUGGCGAAUGAAUGUGGAUCGGCGUCCAACACGUUCCAUCCGUCUGACGGACAGAACGUCUGAAGAUCGUCUCCGGAGCAAACGUCGCUCUUCACACGCGACGAACUAAACUAAUAAAUUAAAAAUUUGUGUGAUAAUGUAUAUUUAGCCUCGUUCGGGAGGAAAUUUAUUAAAAUUGCUUUUAGUCUGAUUCAUUUGAUUGAUUCGACGCGUCCUAAGUUCAACGUCUGAUCCAACAGAUGAUCUUAACUUAAUUUAGGUCCACCCAAAUUAGAGUUUGGUUCGUGUCAUGAAAUGCUCGACGUUUGGCCAAGGCCCUUAAUAGGUACCGACGCUUAAAAUUAGAAGGUACACUAAGUUGUAAAAAGUUGUCGCUGGUAUUUGUGUGGAAAGACUGUGUGUUCGGUCUCUUCGUUCAGCGGUCUGAAUCAUCUAAAAACUGAUCUUUUGCGGUCUAUUUUUGAAUCCUCAUAAUACACUUUGAUAUUGUUAUUGCCAUUAUUAUACUAAGUUACAUGUAUUGUUUUAAAUUAAUGGGCAUGGGAGCGUUUAUGCAAAAAAAACGUGUACGCCCUAAAACGUGUGCGGCCCUUUAUAUCCAAAGAAACUGCAAUUCAAAUUUAUAACGCUUUAAUUAUGCCUCAUUUUGAUUACUGCAGCCCCGUCUGGGACUGUUUGAGUGGUUACUUGAGUGAUAAGCUCCAAAAAUUACAGAAUCGUGCAGCCAGAGUUAUUACUAAAUCACCCUUUGAUGUGAGCUCACACUACCUUCUCUCCACCCUCAGCUGGGAGAGGCUACCUCUUCGACUAAAGAAACAAAAAGCCUUAAUGAUGUAUAAAACCAUGAAUGACCUUGCUCCGGAAUAUCUACAAAGUCUUUUCUCUCAGCGUCACUCUGCUUACAACUUAAGAUACUCUGAGGGAAGGCUGACCCUGUCCAAACCAAGCACCAAUUAUUUGAAACGAAGCUUCUCCUACAGCUGGGCCAUGUUAUGGAAUAACUUGCCCAAAAACUUAAAAAAUGCUGCAUCCGUUGAGAAUUUUAAGCGAAAUAUCAAGAAGAUAGCUGAUAUAUCGGAUUCCCACACGACAAUCAUGUAAAGCAGUUGUAAUUAGUUUUAGUUUUUAACUUAAGCUUAACUGAUGAUUUCCCGUGUUUGAAUAAAGAUUUACAUACAUACAUACAUACAUAGGGGGGUAAACAGAUUGUGUUACGGGAGAUUCGAAGCAUAUGAAAUCCAGUCGUGUCCGAGGAGUAACUUGAGUGCACAUUGCAUGGUGGCAUCUGUUUGUUGUUUCUAUUUUUAGAAAGCAGAUGAUAACAUGCCUUCUGCAAGACUCAGUGGAAAAGAAGCCGCCCCAGGCCCCGUGGAAGCUUUGAAGCAGAUGCUGUUUACUAUGCAGGAUAUGGCACAUCAUGAAACAUUGGACAACGGUCAGUUUUAUAUGGUAAGUAUCAUACAUUAAUCAGUUGAAAUACGUACGUCUCGCCAUUACAGUAUACUAGAUAGGGUUGUGAUCCAGUGUGCGCUUGCGUGAACAGCUAACAAUAAUGUUUUAUUGUGUUUCCAUUUAAGAAUACGGAUUUCAAGACUAGAGAAGCAAAAGACUUUUCAGAGUCAGGUAGGAUUUGAAGCAAAUGCUUCCUAACUCGUGAUCUGGGAGUUUUUGCGAAUACCUUAAGCUUGAACACCUAGAAGAGUGUUGUGUGUUGCCUCAAAGAUUUGCUUUGGGUUUAUUUCCUGAGUACACUACAGCUGGUUAUGUAUAAGAAGCUUGUAUCAAGGCACAUAAAUCUUAAGUAAAAGGGUUUAUAUAGCAUGUCAUUCAGCAAUCAGGUCUUACUAAGAUAGUCUAUCCUUUAAUUUUUAUCUCCAUUUGCGCAGAUAACCAAAGUGAAAAGGAUUCCGACAUUUUUCGUGGAGAAGUAUCUUUGCAAAGGUACAAAUACAGUUCUUGAAUGUCAGUUUACCGUUAUAGUAAUUAUAGUGGCCAUGUUAUGAAAACGGUCAUACAUGAAUUUUUGUGAACGAAGACGUAUUCGUGCAUCCAUAUGCAGAGAAAUUUUUGUGACUUAUAUUCCCUUAUUUCAAUAAAAUGUGACUUAGCUUUACCAUACAUAACAGCUUGGACGUUCUAGUUGAAUUUCCUUUCCCCGGCAUCUAUUAAUGGAGCGUAUGUUUUACUUUCUGUCCGGCAGGGCGUACCAUCAUCUUGAGCGGCUCAAGAGACUUGUAGGAAGAGAAGAUGAUCGAUCUUCAGUGAGUUCCGUCAGCUAGUGUAGUUAAGUAUCUUCUGAUCAUAGUUUUGGAACAAUAAAGCCUUCCUUAGUGGAAGCGGACUUUUUGUCACAUCGCACAAACGUCUGGACCAUGACUCUGUAAGACAACUAUCCUUAUUAAAAAACCUAUCCAGGAUUUUUUCGAUCUGAAAUCUGAAUCGAAUGCUAGUACCUGGUUGUAAAUCAAGGUCGUUUUAUCGGUCCUCGUAGCUUUGGGUAAAAGCUUAGCUUACGCGGAAAUGGAUUCAUCAUUUCAUUUUAUUGGUUAGGUGUAGCAUUCGAAUAUAUCCUAGACAAUACAGUAAAGCUUAGGGCAUCUAACACACUGAAAAUAUAGAUAGUUCAAAGAUCACUAAAUGGUUAUUCAUUUUUGUUUAGCUUUUGCAUUUUUGAAUAUUGCAUGCAAUCAUGAGUUUUAAAACAGUAUGAGACUGGGUGGGGUGAUUGAUUCACGAAAAUUUAUUGGUGAUUUUAAUGGCAUAUUUUUGACAAACUUAUAUAAUAAUCACAGAGUAAUAUAUACGGAUAUUUAUGUCAUUACAGUUGACUUGUAUUGGAAAUUGUUUAGGCACCACGGUGUAAGUAUUGUAACACAACAGAUUAAAAAUCUUUUAUUUUGUUGAACACGGGGAACGUGGAAAAUUUGGUGUCGAAGUUUUAUCUUGUGAACUCUAAUGCGCAGGACUAUGACUAGCUAGG